UCCGGUUUUGAUUUUCGAAACGCGCGCGCGAUCCGUCGUCUUGUAUCCGUUGUGCCCAAUCGCGUAUCAGAGAGAGAACAACAUCAGACUAGAGGAAAAACAGAGAGCAUCGCAUUUUCGCAGUGACGUCAUGGUCACAGAGACCACGAGCCAGUCUGACGGGAACACGUCGUUCCUGCGGGCGGCGAGGGCUGGUCAUCUGGACAAGGUGCUCGAUCAACUCGAUAAGAACAAUGUCGAUAUAAAUACGUCCAAUGCGAAUGGUCUGAAUGCAUUGCACCUUGCUUCCAAAGAUGGUCACGUCCACGUGGUCACAGAACUGCUCAAAAGAGGUGCGAAUGUGGACUCCGCCACCAAAAAAGGAAAUACAGCACUACACAUUGCCUCGUUGGCCGGACAGGAGGAUGUGGUACGACUCCUUGUCGACAACGGGGCAUCCGUCAAUGUACAAAGCCAGAAUGGCUUCACACCACUAUACAUGGCCGCACAAGAGAACCACGAUAAUGUAGUCAAGUUUUUACUUGCCAGUGGCGCGAAUCAAAGCCUAGCGACCGAGGAUGGAUUCACCCCACUGGCCGUAGCUAUGCAACAAGGUCAUGAUAAGAUAGUGGCCGUCCUUCUUGAAAAUGACUCCAGAGGUAAAGUUCGCCUUCCAGCCCUUCACAUUGCUGCCAAAAAGGAUGACUGCAAGGCGGCAGCCCUCCUAUUACAGAAUGAACAUAAUCCCGAUGUUACGUCCAAAAGUGGGUUCACCCCACUGCACAUAGCUUCACAUUAUGGCAAUGAAGGAAUAGCUAACCUUCUUCUCACCAAGGGUGCAGAUGUCAACUAUUCCGCUAAACACAACAUAACUCCACUGCAUGUGGCCGCGAAAUGGGGCAAAAGCAAUAUGGUGUCGCUGCUGCUGGAGAAAGGCGCCAACAUCGAGUCGAAGACACGUGACGGCCUGACUCCACUGCACUGCGCUGCGAGGUCCGGCCACGAACAGGUGGUUGACAUGCUGCUGGAGAGGGGCGCGCCCAUCAGCUCCAAAACUAAGAACGGGCUGGCACCACUUCACAUGUCAUCGCAAGGCGACCACGUGGACGCAGCUCGCAUCCUGCUCUACCACCGGGCGCCGGUCGACGAGGUGACGGUCGACUACCUGACCGCCCUCCACGUGGCCGCCCACUGCGGGCAUGCGCGCGUCGCCAAGCUGCUGCUCGACCGCAAGGCAGACCCCAAUGCGCGUGCGCUCAACGGGUUCACUCCCCUCCACAUCGCCUGCAAGAAGAACCGCAUCAAGGUUGUCGAACUCCUGUUGAAGCAUGGCGCUUCCAUCGAGGCCACCACCGAGUCUGGUCUCACCCCACUACACGUUGCAAGCUUCAUGGGCUGCAUGAACAUUGUGAUAUAUCUACUGCAAAACGAAGCCAAUCCAGAUGUGCCGACAGUGAGAGGAGAAACUCCACUGCAUCUUGCUGCUCGUGCCAAUCAGACCGACAUUAUCAGGAUACUACUCAGGAAUGGAGCACAGGUCGAUGCUAGAGCCAGGGAACAACAAACUCCCCUCCAUAUUGCCGCCCGACUCGGCAAUUUCGACAUUGUGACACUGUUGCUACAGCAUGGAGCCGCCGUGGACUCCACCACCAAGGACCUGUACACUGCCCUCCACAUCGCCACCAAGGAGGGGCAAGACGAGGUUGCAUCUGUCCUUAUCGAGCAUGCAGCCUCUCUCACCGCCACCACUAAGAAAGGCUUCACUCCACUUCAUCUGGCUGCCAAAUAUGGAAACAUCAAAGUUGCCAGGCUGCUCCUGCAGCGAGAUGCACCGGUUGACGCACAGGGAAAGAACGGUGUGACUCCACUACAUGUGGCCUCUCACUAUGACCACCAGAAUGUGGCUCUGCUGCUGCUGGAGAAGGGAGCAUCGCCGCAUGCCACCGCCAAGAACGGACACACGCCUCUCCACAUUGCUGCCAAAAAGAAUCAAAUGGACAUUGCUACAACACUUCUUGAGUAUGGAGCGAAGUCGAAUUCAGAAUCGAAAGCUGGAUUCACACCAUUGCAUCUGUCGUCCCAAGAAGGCCAUACUGACAUGUCAUCUCUACUCAUCGAUCACUCUGCUGACACCAAUAAAGAAGCUAAGAACGGCCUGACUCCACUGCAUCUGUGCGCCCAGGAAGACAGGGUUGAUGUUGCUGCAGUCCUAGUCGAGAAUGGAGCCAAAGUCGACUCCACAACAAAGGCCGGUUACACGCCGCUACACGUGGCAUCCCACUUCGGGCAGCUGAACAUGGUUCGCUUCCUGGUGCAACAGCAGAGCGACGUAGGAGCUACCACAGCAGUCGGCUACACGCCGCUGCAUCAGGCCGCUCAGCAGGGCCACGCCACCAUAGUCAGCCAUCUGCUCGACAACGGAGCACCGCCCAAUGAGAAGACCAACCAAGGACAGACCGCUCUUUCGAUUGCCCAGAAACUGGGCUACAUCAGUGUCGUUGAGGCAUUGAAAGGUGUAACAGAGCCUUCCACCAUCACCGCCAUUGGAUCCGAGGAGAAAUACAAAGUGGUCUCCCCGGAAACAAUGCAGGAAACAUUCAUGUCCGAUUCAGAAGACGAAGGAGGUGAAGAUACAUUGUUGAGUGAGCAGCCUUACAGAUAUCUGACUGUAGACGAAAUGAAAAGUCUGGGUGAUGAUUCGUUGCCCAUUGAUGUUACUCGUGAUGAAAGAUUUGACUCUAAUCGCGAGUGCAUGUCAGUGCCUCCCACUGCCGUUGAUGACACAAUCAGCCCUCAACACCUGAAGGAGAAUUACAACCAAUUCAUAACUCCAGAUAACGUUGAUAUCGCCAAACAUCCUCUUCAUGUUGGGAAACUACAAUGGCGAAAUUUCCUGGUGAGCUUCCUGGUGGACGCACGGGGCGGGGCGAUGCGCGGUUGCCGACACUCGGGCGUGCGUGUGAUUGUGCCUCCGCGCCGCGCCGCCAUGCCGAUGCGUGUCACGUGCCGCUACCUCAAGCGGGACAAACUACCGCAUCCGCCUUUAAUUAAUCGGCUUUACAAGCAAAACCUUAUUGGAGUAAACGUUUUUUCAACUGAUCCAAUAUUCCUAAUCCCGGUAAAAUUCUGUUGCAGACCUGUAAUGAUUGAAGUUCCUCACUUUGGGUCUCUGAGAGGAAAGGAGAGGGAAAUCGUGAUUCUGCGCUCGGACAAUGGUGAGACGUGGAGGGAGCACACUGUUGAAGCAACCGAUGAAGCUGUUCAGGACGUACUGAGUCACAGCUUCGAGAAAGAAGAAAUGGUGCAGGCGCAAGCAGAGGAGGGCAGCAGCCGCACAACACGCAUCCUGACGACCGACUUCCCGCACUACUUUGCCGUUGUGUCGCGCGUGCGCCAGGAGGUGCACGCCAUUGGCCCCGAGGGCGGCAUGGUGUCCUCCAGCGUCGUACCGCAAGUGCAAGCGGUCUUCCCGCAGGGCGCGCUCACCAAGAAGAUCAAAGUCGGACUUCAGGUAAACUUGUUCAAGCCGAGGAAAAACGCAACCCCUGCCGCGCUUAAAAAGAUCACUGUCAAUCAUGUGCCAAAGAAGAAACGGUUCUCGCUUGUUUGGUAAGUGGUCCCCCAUUCCCCAAUCAACAAGGACAGCGACUUCACUCUCUUCUCCUUCUUCUCCUUUACGCGUCAGUCUAGUCUUUCGAUAAUAGCCUUGCCACUAUAUAGUCCAAAAAUAUUUGGGGUAUUCACGACAUUCUGAUAGCCAUCUGAAGCCUGAAUGCAGAAGUUCGGUUUACACGGAGAAAUGUCAGCUGCUCGUUUAAACCCCGAAUGAAACACAUUAUGAUGAAUGCAACCAUAUCCACAAGUAAACAUGGUUUAUCGUUAAACGUAGAUGGUGCAUAUGACCCUAAGUCAAGUUACACACAUAUCGAUUUUUGGACGUACGAUUUUUUGCUGCCCUUAUAAACUCUAUUAGAUUAAACAGGUGAUGUUUAACAAGCUCCGUUUAAUCUGUUGAGCCCCGCAUACACACAUCGAUUUUUGUUCAUACGAUAUUUUACCGUCCUUAUGAAUUUUAUUAGAUUAAACGGAACUUGACAAACAUAAUCUGUUUGAAAUCAUCUGUUUGAUCUAAUAGAAUUUAUAAGGACGGCAAAAUACCGUACGAACAAAAAUCAAUGUGUGUGUGCAGGGCUGCACACAGGGCUUUAGAAUUCAUAAGGAAGGCAAAAAAUCGAACGUACGAAAAUCGAUGUGAGUUUAAAUGGCUCAACACACACGUCGAUUUCUGGGCGUACGAUCUUUUGUCGUCCUUAUAAAUACUAUUAGAUUAAAAAUGAUUUGGCAAACAGGUGAUGUGUUCAUGUGUUUGCCAAGUUCAGUUUAAUCUGGUAGAUUUCAUAAGGACUGCAAAAAAUCGAACGUCCAAAAAUCGAUUUGUGGGCAACUGGCUUAAGUCGAACAAUUUGCUAAUUUGAAGCAAACAGCAAGAGUUAGCGAAUAGCUCAUCUAAACCCAAGAUCGUGAAUACCCCUAUUAUAGACAGUAGAUUUACGGAAUGAAAUAGUUUGCGCUGUAGUUGAAGAGUUAUAAGAAUAUAGUUUGUAGAUUUUGAAAGUAGGUCAUAUUUUUCCGAGUAUUCUAAAAUAAUAUAAAAAAGAGAUUAUGGAGUAAUUCUAAUCAUAAUUUUAUCAUAUAGUAUUCAUUUCUCCAUCCAACUAGGAUAAUCUGAUUAUUCAAAUCGAUGGAGUGAUUUAUUUUCCAUUCAUAAUUAUGUAUAGAACACACAGAAAUGCGUUUGAAAUUCCUCGAAACAAGAUAAUAAAUUAACAUAGAAUAAAGUUAUAUAAAAUGAUAUAGCCUACUAACAUAUUAUUCUCCAUCAGUAGAGUAAAAAGUAAAUUACGGAAUAAUUUUAUCAUAUAGAAUCACUAGCGCCCUACAAUUUUAUUUGAUGGCACAACCGGUUCAUCACAUUAUCAUGUGUCCAAAAACUAUCAAGUGGUCCUCUAAAAAUAAAUAUAAAAUAAAGAUCAAUAUUAUAAUGAUGCUACAAUUAUGUGAGAUAUAUCUUCUUUUAUCAACUAGGCCAUCAACACAAACCUACAUUGAAAUCUGCCUAACCAAAUCCAAACCUAUUUAUGGUAUAAAACAGUUAACUGGCAAUACAUGAUUAUUCACUUAUGAAAAUUCACAUGGAAAUAAAAAGAUGAAACCGGAAUGGUUAAGAACUAUUUCUUGAGGCGCCAACAAAAUUUAAUCAGAAUUUUAGAUGGAUUAAAAUAAUGAUGAAGAAAUAUGUUUAUAAACUCUCUACAUUAAAAUCAAAUUUGAUUUAUUGUACCCAAUGAAAUAAGAAUAUUAUUUAUUUUAUCAGUUAUAAGCUCUUAUAACAGACUGAAUGAAUCCUAUUCUUAGAGGAGGUGCAACUAGGACUAUCCACCAAGAUGUUUCUAUUAAACAAGUUUUCUUACCGCCCUAAAUUCAAUUUAGGGGUGUCAUAGGUAAGCAAACUUUAAAUAAUGAAAAUUGGUUACGCCAUCAAAAAGGAAUAAAGUGUUUGAUUAUCCAUUCAUAUGAACGCUUUUAGUGAAUUUUGUAAUGAAGAUCAAGAUUAAGUGGAGAUUCAAAUAAAUUAUCGGAAAAGCAAUAAUUUGGGUUGUUAUAAAUUCGUGUUGGUUGUUUGAAAAUUAUAUAUUAGAGUAACUCUAAAAGAAUAAUUAUUGGUUUGUACUUGUUGCUAUUGUACUUUAAAACAUUUGACGUAGUUCAGUAUGAGUAGCCAAAAAAUAGAGCAAGUAUCACUACUCUCGAGAUAUGACUUUCAAUAUUGUAAUUAAAUUAUCAUCCCAGUUCUCGUAGUCAUAAAGUAAUUUAUUAUAUUUAGUCGUUUUUAAAUACUGAAGUGUUAGGUCUAAAAUAUCAUAUAUUUUUGUUGCUUGUUCAGCGAAUUCACAUAAUAUUCUAUCCUAUAUUUGUUGCGAAUCACGACUAGUAUAACUUAUUCACCAAGUGAUCUAUUUGUAGUCCUCAAAUUUAAAACUAACUCCAAACUAUAAUUUAUUCUUUUGGUUCAUUCUUGAACAUUUUCAAACGAUAGCCAUUGGCAAACAGAUUGAUCAGUUACAGUAUUAAUGACUUCUCUCUUUUAGUUCCAUUUUUUUCAAAUUUCAAUACUAUUCUUCUCCACAAAUUUAUCCAGUCGACUUGACUGGAGAAGAAAAACUCACCAUUAAUGAUAUUGUAUUACUCAUCUAUUACCAAUAAACUUAUGAUUUCCGUGUAGUGAAAUGUGGCACUCGGUAUAUUUUCAUAAUAUACAUUUUCAUACUAUAAAAAUUCUUCCUUUAUAGUAGAUAAAGACAUUAUCCCACCGUAUCCCAUUCCAUAAGGCCUUGUUCAUAGAAAUGUUUUCAAAAAUUCAGCAAGUGGUUGACAUCUUCUCGGCUCUGUCUGACUAUUUAGGUUGAAUCCUGUCACUUAUGAGAGCAAGAUAGAUAACUGGUGUUGGUGCCCUUGUAGAUUUUCUAUCCUUUCAUUCUUUCGUAUUUUGUGUUUGGUAGAUUUGUCGGGGAAUAUUGUUGGUUGUAGAUUGCUUGCAUGGUGCAGGGAAAACUAUUGGUGUUUGCAUGUUUUCUUUUCUAUUUGUGUUGGUUGUCCAUUUAAUAGAUGUUAUGACUUGACAUUCAUAAGAAAAAUUCAUAUCAACUCCGCUCAGAUUAAUUUACAUAGAUUACUUUCAACAAUAAGGAAUUGUAUCAUGAUUCAAAAGUAAACUAUCAUAUGUAUUCCAUUGUUUAUAAUUUAAGUAAACUUAAGUACAAAUGCGAUCCAAUCAAGAACUAAUAGCAUAAAGGCUCAUUGUUUGUAGUAAAAGAACAUUGUUUGGUUUAUUGAAUAGGUUUUUAGUUAGUGAUUAGCUUUACUAAUUCAACUUAAUGGAUAUUUUAUCAAUAUUAUCUUUUUAGAAGUCUAUAGUAAAUUAUGUUUUGAUGUCAAAUAGUAAUCGGUUGAUUUCUAGGUUUAUCCCUUUCGAUUGUUGAACAAUCUUGUCCUUUCGUUUGAACAAUCUCGUUUCCAAAGCUAUAAGUUACAAACUCAUUUACCUUCGUCUAAUCACAUUUGACUGAAGCUAUCCAAUACUAUCAGAAAUUGUAUAUCAAACAUGGUACUGAUACUAUCAAUAUGUUAAAUUGAUCUAAGAUCUUCGGAUUGAACAAUCAUUAGCAGGCUGACAUAGUAAGUGAUAGUUUGUACUCUCUGAACUGUAAACCAGUGAAGAUUAGAUUCAAUCAUUAAAGCUACCAACGUGUUUUUAGCAUUCUAUAGUAGAAAUUCAUGUAUGAAUCCCUUCGUCUUUACCAUAAAGGGAAUUUAUAAAAUAAUUUACAUGUAUUGUGUUUCUCCAGUAUCAAAUUAUUGAGAACUAGACCGCUAUCUUGGUUUGUAGAUACGAUUAUCAUAGUUUCAAACUUAUUCGUCUAAGAAUAAAUGAUGACGCUCAAUAAACAUAAAUUGAUUGAUAAUAUUUAGUCAAUUCCAUUUAACUUCAUAUUUUUAGAGGUUCAAGCUCUUUCUCUCCUUCCAUUCUCUAUCAAUGAAUUGGAUUUUAUUCAGAACAUUUUUUUCUGGUCUUCCAAAAUUUGAAGUCGAGUAAUAUUGUCCAUUUAUUGUGUUCAAAUAUCUAGUCAGUUUGCUUUCGAGCCUCUGCAGAGCUCCUUUACAUUCCUGAAGUCUUCUCUAAAUAAGUUUAAUUCGGAUUUACCGAUCAUGUGCCAAAUGUCAUUGUUAUAAAUUUGAGAGCAGCCGUUGGUUAAAAUUUGUUACAUAGAACUUAGAAUUUACAUUAUUCUAGAUCCAAACUGAAACAAAUAAGUAUUAAAUAGAAAUUGUGAACCAUAUUUUGGAAUAUUAAUUGCCAGUAUUAAAUGCAUUAAUGCAUAUAUGUCCAGCUCAUCGUAAUAUCAAUAUUUUGUUAUAGGGUUAAAUUUAUCGAUUUUUGAACUUCAAUAUUUUACAAACACAUUUCAAAGAAUUUGGUUGUAGAGUCCAUGCUUUCUUUGAUAACUCUGACACUGUGAGUGAUUUUACAGCCUCAAUGAUCCUUUCUAAUGAUUUAAUAACGUCUCAGAUUGUACAUUAGUCUUUAAAUUUUCAUUAGCAUGGAAAUAUAAAAAUAUUGAUUGUAAAACUGUCCGUGAUUUUCAAUUCAUGUUCAAUUUGUAAAUCCUCACCCGAUUUUAAAUGUACUGUUGAUAUGGAACAUUACUCAUAAAAGCUGUUCCUGUUGCCACCUUUAAAUAGUAAUGAUCACUUCUAAUUUCAAGUUCAAAAAUGAAGAUUGAAAUGCUCACUGUUAUUGCGAUAUUGCUUUCAUUUGGUUUGACAUAUUAAGUUUUUAUCAACGUUAUAUAUUUCCAUGCAGAAAUUUUUGAAAAGCUAAUUUUUAGUAGUUGAUAUAAUCAUGCAAUAAAUUGUGGUAGAGUCAUGGUGAGAGCCUUCAAGCAAAAAAUAAAUGUAAAUAUACGGUCACUUACAAAGCUGAGAUCUUUCAAUAUCUUGUACUCGCUAGAACAACACCAGUUUGAUAGUUAUAGAUUAUCAUAUUAUCUCACUCACACAAUAAUACCUAAUCAUUCUCCAAUAAUUCAUUUCUUAAUAACAUUGGUUAUUCAUGCCGUAUGUUGGAAAUUUAGCUUCUAAAUUUUCUUUCAGUAUGUGCAGGUUCAGCUAUUCUUAUUAAUAGAACAAUAUUGCACACAAUUUCUUCAAAAUAUUAUUCCUUUCCAAAUGCUUAUAAAUCGUACAAUCAACUUAAAAAACUGUAGAUCGCUAGUUCAAAUAACAUUUUUAAAACUAGUAUUGCGAUACAAUAAAAGUAUAUUUAAAAUAUUAUCAACAACACUGAAAUACUAUUAAGGUAACGAUGUACCUAGAUUGCUUUGAAGUUAGAAUUACAAACUUGGUUAUGUUAAGAUCGUUCCAAAACAUUACAUUUACCGAAUAAUAUUGAAAAAUGAAUCUAUAACUUAGUAUAUCUUGGUAUAUUGUCAUUGUAUUAAUUCUACUGUGCUUCAUUCAUGUUAAUAUCAUGCAUUCGACUUUUCGGGGGCCUGUUUUUCAACAAAAUUCAACCUCAGUCUUGAAUGUAAUCGGAGAAAAUGUAUUUGCAUUUUGUUUUGAAAUAAUCAUCGAAAUCCGGAAUUACAUAAAGCUAUUGGAAUGUUUUUUAUUGUCCAAAAAAAUUAAUUAUUCUAUUGCGUACUUCUAUUCUGACUAUGUGGAUUAUUGAAAUUCCACUUUACAAUUUCACUUUACCUCAAAUUUCACUUUGAGGUAGGGAUUGAACAUCAAGAGUUGGUGUAGAAGUAAACCCAGAACCGAUGUCAUAAGUGUGCGAUCACACUAAAUAAGCACAGAAAGCCAUCUAUUAAAACUAUAGUAUAGUUUUUGCCUAGUGUUUGAAUAUUUCAGUGUCAGUUUUUAUCGUUUUAUCAAGAGGCAAAUUUUCAAGAUUCAUAACUUUUCACGGGCUCUCAGGUUCUGCUUAACGAGAAGGAUGUUGGCCCAUUUUUUGAAAUCCCUUAUUCCUUUUUCGCUCACCUCUCUUGAAUUCAUUUUUAAAUCCAUAAUAAUAAUUAUUGGUAAAGCUAUUGAUGAAAAAUAGUAACAUUGCAAUAGCUUGAAUCGGGUUCAAAAGUCGAAUGCUCUGAUUUAUCAAGUUCAAGGAUAAAGAUUUACAAAUUUUGUGCUUACUGGUUUUAUUGGACACUUGCUUGUAUUCAAUACUCAAUCCAUUAAUUAAUAAGUCUUCCAAAUAAAUGGUUAUUGAUUGUAUAUUCUUAGAGAUUAUGUAGUUAACAGUCUUCAUUUAUCAUUAAUUGCUUGUUCAAGGAAAUAUUGUCAUUUCAUCAAUUUUUCUAGUUGCCUGCUUGGUUGGAUUCGUAUAGAUUAAGCAUAUUGUUAUGCGGUGUUGGACUGUAUUAUAAUUAUUUAUGGAAUAACACUGGACACUUUCAACUAACCAUGAUACAGAAACAUCACUGGUUGCUUUCUGCACUAACCUUAUGUGUAAAGCAUCUUGUAUGAUAUGAGUGCCCAAUAAAUUUGGUUGAACAAAA